AUGGAAAUAUGGAUAAAAUACUACUAUUAUCUGGCGUUGCUGUUGAAGACGUCGAUGAACACGGCUAAUAUUGUAUUUGGAGUCUACUUUACCGUGCGAGUCAUCAAGAUCCAAACCAUACAUUUCAAUCUACGACUGCUUUUUGUGAGUUUGCGCUUGAUACGCGUCCAAACUUGAAAGAUAACCCUUUCAGAUCAUCCUAUCAUGGCAAUAUCCGGUCAUGUUUCUGCUUCAAAACCUUAUUAUGUUCCUACAACCCUUUCAGUUCGCCUUUUAUAGACCGCUUUUGUUUUUACUGCUUUUUGCAUACACAGUUACUGUUUGCAUGUCCGCAACAACCGUUAUGAACAUGGCUGUUGAGCGGUUGGUUGCGUUGGUCUGCAUGAAAGAGUAUGAGAAUAGGACGUAUGGAAUUGUGCCGGCUAUUGUGGUUUGCAAUGUAGGUUGGCCAUUUUCCAGAAGGUUUGGAUAUACAGUGGCGCGCCAUGGCGGACAUGACCUGUGGCAAAAACUGACCAUUUUGUAUCCGGGAAGUGUCAAAAAUGUAGCAAAAUACCUCCUUCUCCAAGUGAAAAACUCCGAUUUCAAAACUGUGCCCGCUAUUUUUGUAGGGCAGGGCGCGCCCUUCAAAGCGGACUUUUUUGGUUGGAGAGUGAGGCAUUUUGCUACGUUUUUGGUACUUCCCGGAUGCAAAAUGCUACAUUUUAACCACUGGAUCAGGUCCGCCACUAUGCACAUGGUGAAAACGCAUCCAAAUUCGUCUUUGAUGGCCCGAUUGCCGCGUCCACUUCUGGGCCGUAUACUAAAAAUACCCUUACUUCCAGAUUUUUAUCGCGAUUGGCGUUAUGUAUUCCAUUUUUGGCAUCAGUAUGUGUCAAAGUAUUGACUGUGACGAAGUUUACAAAUUCAUCAGGAAAGGUCCCUUCAUCAAAAUGUUGGCAUGGAUGUCGGCUGGCAUUUUUGGGCUAGCCGGAACUAUUGUAGGUCAAAGCAUUUGUGUGAGCUUCUGUUGGCAAAAGAUUCUUGAGAAUCAAAGCGACAUAUUCUCUUGUUUAGAUCAUUCUCCAAAUAAAUCGCAAAAUCAACACGGAAAACGAGAAUCGCGACACUUGCACGUUGCAAGAACGCUAUCAGCUGGAGGCGAAUUUUGUGUACACUUCAAUCUUGUCGCAGGCAGUAAAAGCCUACACUUUGGUCGCCUGGUUUGGCGGAAUAUUGGCCGGUGUUUUCACUUAUUUCCACUACACGGGCCGCCUGGAUCGGGAAGAGAUGGGAUUCUUGGCUAAUGUAAGUUCCUUGAAUUUACCCUCAAGACUUUUUGCAGAGUCAUUCCGCUUUUUCCGACGCAUUCCUCUGCUACUUCUUGGCGUUAUUCUUGUUCAAGUAUCGGCCGCUACGCCGUCGACUAAAGCGAGACCUCAUCGUGCUUCGGAGGUUCCUGGGAUGUGAGAAAAUCGGUGACAAUCGAGUCUAUGUCCCGUCGUUUCUGCGGAAGUCCCAGGAAGAGUCGAAAAUGCACUUCCAGCAUCUUCGAAACUCGUGGGCGGUGAAUGUGAACGCAAAUGUGAAGAAGGCCUUUAAAUGA